CUGAUUCACUGAUCGAUGGCCGUGGAUGAGUCGCCGCCGCGGCCAGCCGCCGCCGCCGCCGUGUCCCCGCCGCCGGAGGUCGGCGCGGGGGGGCGGCGGGCGGACAAGAACGGGCGCCGCCUCGAGGUGUACAACGAGGUGCUGGCCCGCCUCCGGGACCUCGGCGCCGCCGCCCCCGUCGAGAUCUCGCCGGCGUACGAGGACGCGCUCUGGGCGCACUUCCACCGCCUCCCCGCCCGGUACGCGCUGGAUGUGAACGCGGAGAGGGCGGAGGACGUGGUGACGCACCAGCGGCUGCUGGAGGAGGCGCGCGAUCCGGAUCGCCUCCCGGCCUUGUCGGUGCGCGUCGUCCAGGUAUCUAGGAUUCUCGAUGGUGAUAUGGAUGAUUCUUCCGAUCCUGGGAUGGAGCCUGUUGAUUCCAACAACUUGGCAAGCCAAAUGGUUCAUCCCCCACCUGCGUUUGGUUCUUGCUCCAACUUAGAGGCACUUGCGCUCGAGGCGAGUGAGACUGAUGUAAGGGGCAGUACUAAUGAUGUUGAUAGCAGCGUUCACCUCAUUUCCAGGCCAAUGCAUGAGAUAACUUUUGCAACUACUGAUAAGCCAAAGGUCCUCAGUCAGCUGACUUGCUUACUUAGUGAACUUGGCCUUGACAUCCAAGAAGCGCAUGCAUUUUCAACAAUUGAUGGUUAUUCAUUGGAUGUAUUUGUUGUCACUGGUUGGCAUCUUGGGGGUACUGAGCAGUUAAAAGAAAAGUUGCUGGAGAAAUUUCAUGAUGUCGAGACACAAACUUGGCCAGCAUCAAACUCAUUGUCACAAUCAUUGGAAGGUCCGUCAAGUGGAGAGAGUGUUCCAUCUACCAGUGUGGAAAUACCAACAGAUGGAACAGAUGUUUGGGAGAUAGAUCUCAAGCUUCUCAAGUUUGGAAACAAGGUUGCUUCUGGAUCAAAUGGCGACCUGUACCGUGGAUCAUACUGCAGUCAGGAUGUAGCCAUUAAAGUAGUGAGACCUGAACGCAUCAGUGCAGAUAUGUACCGUGAUUUUGCACAGGAAGUCUACAUUAUGAGAAAGGUCCGCCAUAGGAACGUUGUGCAGUUUAUCGGUGCCUGUACAAGACAGCCCAACUUAUAUAUUGUAACAGAUUUUAUGGCAGGAGGUAGUGUGUAUGAUUACCUCCAUAAAAAGAACAAUUCUUUCAAGAUACCGGAAAUACUUAGAGUGGCAACAGACAUAUCUAAAGGAAUGAACUAUCUGCAUCAGAACAACAUAAUCCACCGUGAUCUUAAGACUGCUAAUCUUCUCAUGGAUGAAAACAAGGUCGUAAAGGUUGCAGAUUUUGGUGUUGCACGUGUCAAAGAUCAAUCCGGAGUGAUGACUGCAGAGACUGGAACUUAUCGUUGGAUGGCUCCUGAGGUUAUCGAACAUAAGCCCUAUGAUCACAAAGCAGAUGUUUUUAGCUUUGCUAUUGUUCUUUGGGAGCUGCUAACUGGCAAGAUCCCAUAUGAGUACCUAACACCACUACAGGCAGCUAUAGGUGUUGUUCAGAAGGGUCUUAGACCAACAAUUCCGAAAGAAACCCACCCCAAGCUGGCUGAGCUGCUUCAGAAAUGCUGGCAUAGAGAUCCAGCUGAGAGGCCCGACUUCUCCCAGAUACUGGAGAUUCUUCAGAGACUCCCGAAAGAGGUAGGAGCUGAUACUGAUGGCCGCCAGAAAUCAAAGGCAGGUUUUCUUUCAGCACUGAAGAGAAACCAUUGAAGUGCAAAACAAGUAGCUCACAAUGGUUGGCAGUUGAUGCAUCAUCAGUUCAUCAUUCAAUCGUAGCAUCCUACAGGAAGAGGAAAACGCAUUGCGGAUUUGUACAGCGACAAAAAUAUUUGUUACGUUGUUGUAGGUGUUUUCGCUCAUUUAGUGGUUUUUUAUUUCUUUUUUGCUGUUGUUUUUCCUGUUCUAGUUCUGUUGCCUUAAUUAUAAUUAUAGAUGGAAAAGGAAUGUGCUGAAAAGAGUUAUCCAAUUGUUCAUCUAUUCAUGUUCGCGUCUGAAUUCCGAAUUUCCGAUGUUGUAGAUGAAAUCUUAUACUAAUAUGCUGCAUUUUCCAUUGUGUCUGCAUUUCGAUGGGAACUAGUAAUA